GUUCUUUCCUUCUCACGUCCUCCAUUUGUCACUUUUCUUGAAUUUCUAUAGACUCGUCUUUUUCAUUCUUCGUUCCUUCUUUCCUUUUUGAUGUUAUUGUUGAAUUCCAUGUUGAAUUGACUUUCAAAUCAACGAAAGGGAACUGAUAUUAAGUUCUUUAAUUGCGAUAAGGAAAUUUGACGACUAUGGUGUUGAAAUGAGAUCGUGUUUCUCUUUUGGCGGGAAUUAUGUGGUGAGAUUUACCUAAUAUUCUUCUUCUGGUUGAUUGAGUAAAAGUGGCAAAAGAACUGAAAGCUAUAUCUGUCCGGAAAUUGAAUGCAGAGGUAGACAUAUACUUUAGGGUUUUGAUUUUAAGGAGGUUGCGUGUGAAGAUUUACGAAAUCAUAUACAUAGCUGUUGCUAUUUGAAGUAAGGAAGAUCUGUUUGGGGAAAAAGGGAUUCGAAUCGUGAAUCGAUGGAACUGGUGCAAGAGCGUAGCAUCGACACCGAUAAGCUCAGCUACGAGAUUUUUUCGAUCCUCGAAAGCAAGUUCUUAUUCGGUUACGACGAUUCGAAGCUUUGGAAACCUAAGCAAGUUUCUCCGGAAAUAUCUGUCACGCCGACGCCAAUGGCGGUGGCUGAUGACGGUCCUGUUCAAUCUAUGAUGAACCAGAGAGGCAAAAUCUGUGUGCUCUCGAUUGAUGGCGGAGGAAUGCGGAGUAUUCUAGCAGGUAAAGCACUAGCUCAUCUAGAGAACGCGUUGAAAACGAAAUCCGGCAAUCCGAACGCGAGAAUCGCGGACUAUAUCGAUGUCGCCGCUGGUACAGGUGUCGGAGGUGUGUUCACGGCGAUGCUAUUCGGAAGCAAAAACCAGAGUGUUCCGAUUUUCACAGCGGAGGACACGUGGAGGUUUCUGGCGGAGCAAGGGAAAUGGUUGUAUCAUCAGAAAUCGAGUUCCACCGGCGGCGCCGUUGGAGGUUUAUUGAAAAGGAUUUUCCGCGGCGGAGGCGAAGGCGGUGACGGAGGGAUAAGCCAUGCCACGGCAGCAUUUGAAAAUGCAAUGAAGGAAGCAUUCGUCGUCAACGGGCAGAGUUUGACCUUAAAAGACACGUUGAAGCCGGUUUUAAUUCCCUGUUACGACCUCUCCAGCUCAGCUCCAUUUCUCUUCUCCCGAGCUGACGCCAUGGAAACAGACAGCUUCGACUUCCGGCUAUGGGAGGUCUGCCGCGCCACGUCAGCUGAACCGGACUUAUUCCAACCUGUCCCAAUGAACUCCGUCGAUGGAAAAACUCGAUGUAUUGCAGUUGACGGCGGUUUAGCCAUGAGCAACCCCACGGCGGCGGCGAUCACCCACGUGCUGCACAAUAAGCAGGAAUUUCCAUUCGUGCGCGGGGUGGAGGACCUUUUGGUACUUUCACUGGGCACCGGUCAACUUCAUGAAGGGAAUUAUGAUUACAAUCAAGUCAAAGGGUGGAAGGCUAAAGAUUGGGCUCGACCCAUGGCUCGAAUUUCCGGUGAUAGCUCCGCCGACAUGGUGGACCAUGCCGUCGCCAUGGCCUUCGGUCAGAGCCGGUGUAGCAACUACGUCCGUAUCCAGGCAAACGGGUCAACCAUGGGUCCUCACGGGGCCAAUAUUGAUGCGGAUCCUAGUCCCAACAAUGUUAACGUACUUAUUGGAAUAGCUGAUGAGAUGCUGAAACAGAAAAAUAUGGAAUCAGUAUUGUUUGGGGGUAAGAGGAUGGGAGAGCAGACCAAUUUUGAGAAACUUGAUUGGUUUGCCGAAGAAGUCGUGUUAGAGCAUCAGAGAAGGAGUUGCCGUGUUGCACCUAAUGUUGCAUUUAAGCAACCUACUCUCAAACAAACCUAAUCGCUUCAUAUGUACAAAAGUAUGUGAGGGCUAUGGACUGAAUAUUUGGGAAACAUCGGGGACUGGUUUUGGAAAUAAUUGUUUGCUAUUGCUUCAUUGCUUGUAUAUUUGAAAUUUUCUAAACGUCA